GAAACAAAAAGCUCCUGCCCCAGCGAGCCAGUGCCCGAAGCUGAGCUGGAGGUGCAGGAGUGAAGGGGAACGCAAGGCUGUGAGGUGCUGGAGCCAAGAAGGAAGGAGGGAACCUGCUGUGGAGGAAACACCUGGAGGAGGAGACCCACCCCGGGCACUGGGAUGUAGCAACACUGCUGUCGGAGCUCGGGCUGGUAAAGAUGGCUGAUGGAGAAGAGGACCCAGGCGUGUUCAGCUGCAGGUCUCUGCCGUCAGACCCCCGGCUCAUGGCCACGGUGACUAACGCCUACCUGGGCACCCGCGUCUACCGCGACAUCCUCCACGUCAGCGGCGUCUACAACGGGGCGGCAGGGGACACGCACCGGGCCGACCUCCCCAGCCCCGUCAGCGUCAGGAUGGCGGUGCCCGGCGCGGACAGCCUGGCUGAGACCUUCACCUUGAACACCCGCACGGGAACCUUCAGCCAUGUGCUUCAGUCAGCAGAUUAUGCAGCCAUCCAUCAGCUCUACGCUCACCAUUCCCUUGUCCACUUGAUGGCCUUCAGCAUCACCAUCCAGCGAUCGCCUCGCACCACCCAGCCCAUCACUGUCCAGCUGCAGACGCCUUUUGUGCCAAAGAGCCGGGACUUGGAGCUGAACCAAGGACCAGACUUCCUGGGAGCACACUAUGUCUACGGGAAGACGCUGGUGCCCGAGGUGGAGGGGGGGCCCUGCCCCACGGUUCACAUGCUCUGGACUCCCGUGCCCCCAGCCCUGACGCUGCCCGAGCAGGAGCAGGAGCGCUCCUGGGAGUUCCUGACGGCCGUGGCCGAGAGCGAAGAGGAGGUGAAGAGGAGCUACAGCGAAGGGCUGACCCUCGUGGCUGCGGGGUCCCUGCACUCCUCCCACGUCCACGCGUGGGCUGCGCUGUGGCAAGGCUGCUGCAUAGACCUGGAGGGGCCUCUGCCCUUAAGGCAGGCUCUCUAUGGGUGUCUCUACUACCUGCUGAGCUCCAUCCCACCUCAGGGGAACUCAGGCUUCCUCUUCCAUGGCAUCAGCCCUGGUGGCCUCUCCAACGGCACUCAGGGCGAGGACUACUGGGGACAUGUCUUCUGGGACCAGGACACCUGGAUGUUCCCCAACAUUCUGCUGUUUUACCCGGGAGCUGCCCGAGCCAUGCUGGAGUACCGGAUCCGCACGCUGGAAGGAGCCCGGCGCAACGCGCGGGAGCAAGGCUACGAGGGUGCUAAAUUCCCAUGGGAGAGUGCAGCCACUGGCCGGGAAGUCUGUCCCGAGGAGAUCUAUGGAGCCCAGGAAAUCCACAUCACUGGGGACGUUCUGAUGGCCUUUGAGCAGUACUAUUACACCACUCGGGACCAGAAGCUGUUCAGGGAGGAUGGAGGCUGGAAGCUGGUGGGUGCUGUGGCUCAGUACUGGUGCAGCAGGAUGGUGUGGAGUGAGCAGGAGCAAUGCUACCACAUCAAAGGUGUCAUGCCCCCAGAUGAGUACCAUCACCAGGUCGAUAACUCUGUGUACACCAACGCCGUGGCCCAGCGCAGCUUAAAUUUUGCAGCUGAUGUUGCUCGAGACUUCUUGGUCCCUGUGCCAGAGGAGUGGGUGGAGCAUGCCCAGAAAGUCAAAGUGCCCUUCGAUGAGGAGAGGAAAUAUCACCCCGAGUAUGAUGGCUACAGCCCAGGUGAGCUGGUGAAGCAGGCUGAUGUUGUCCUGCUUGGCUAUCCACUGAUGCACCCCAUGAGCUCUGAGGUCCGCAGAAAUGACCUGGAGAUGUAUGAGCCUGUCACCGAGCUGAGUGGGCCAGCCAUGACCUGGAGCAUGUUUGCAGUGGGCUGGCUGGAGCUGAAGGAGGUGCAGAGAGCCCAGAGCCAGCUCAACAAGUGUUUCAACAACAUCACGGAGCCCUUCAAGGUCUGGGUGGAGAACUCAGAUGGGACAGGAGCUGUGAACUUCUUGACAGGAAUGGGUGGAUUCUUGCAAGCUGUCCUCUUUGGCUACACGGGGUUCAGGAUCACAAGGUCCAGCCUGCAUUUCAACCCUGCCCUUCCCGAGGACAUCAACAAGCUGGAAGUCACUGGGGUCUCCUACUUGGGUAACAAACUGAAGUUCACCAUCACCAAAGAAGAGAUCAGGAUCCAAGUGACUGCCUCUGCCCAGGACCCUCUGGGUUCUCCCCUGGAAGCUGUGCUGCAGGAGUCGGGGCAGCGCUUUCCUCUGUGUGAAGGGCAGAGCAUCUCCUUCCCCAUGGCAGCUGGAUGGAUUCAGAGGUCGUCCACUGAGAACCAUUAAGCCUUGGCUGACGCGAGUUUCACCCACCGAAGCACCAGAGACACGUUGAGGAGCAGAUGUUGGCAGAAAGGCACAGUAAAUGUGGGUGAAAGGUGAGGUCCCAGGCUGUGCCAUAAACCCCUUGUCCCCACGGGA